GCCCCGCUCUCUCUCGACCUCGUCCUCCUUUCCCUCCUCCUAUCCACUCUCUCGCCCUCUCCGAAGCUCGAAACCCUCGGAAGCUUCCGGAAGCUUCCAUGGCCGAGAAGCGGCCGAGCUCCGACGCCCAGGUGGAGGAGAAACCCGACGCGACGGGCGGCAGGCCGCCGUCGCCGCUUCCUACGGCAGAGAGCUCCCUGCCGACCGAACCUGGCGCGGAUGCUGCUCCAGCCGUGAAGGAAGACGGCUCAGAGGCCGUGGAACUGCCGAAUUCCACAGCCGGGGAGAAUCCGGCGGCGGGGGAAGCCGACGGGCGGUCGUUCUCGCAGCUGCUGGCCGGGGCCAUGGCGUCGCCGGAGGGGAGCCCCCGCGCGAGGCAGAUCGUCUCCGUGCCGGUCGACUCCGUGCGGCUCCCGGUGGUCGCCGUGCCUUGCUUCCUGGCUCCCGCUGCGCUGCUGGAGUCGCCAGGAUUCUCGGGGCAAUUUGCAAUGACCCAUCAAGCAGUCUUGGCAACAGUCACAGCUCAAGCACAGAUGCAGCUACAAGCAUCAUAUCCAUCUUCUUCAACAGAAUUAGUCUCGACUUCAGUUCCCCAGCCCAUGUUGUCUAACUUUGGCCCUGUGUCAUUUCAACAGAGACCUCUAGCAGUCUGCCAGGACAGUGUCUGUACGCCAAAGACUGAGCAGCUGCCUUCUUCUGACCGGAAACUUCAAUCUGCCCAUAUUGUUGCAAAGACAGCUAUCAGUGAUGGGUACAACUGGAGGAAAUAUGGUCAGAAGCAGGUGAAGAGUAGCGAGAAUUCCCGAAGCUACUACAAAUGCACAAAUACCAAUUGUUUUGCUAAGAGAAAGGUUGAACGUUGUCCUGAUGGCCGGAUUGUUGAAAUAAUUUACAGAGGCGAACACAACCAUGACCCUCCUCAAAAAACUAAAUGCUCACAAGAGAGAGGAGCUCAGUCUGGUGGGCCUAAUGGUGAUAACGAAAACUUAGAGCUUCCAAGCAGAGAAAUUAAUGAAUCUGAUCCUUCAGCAUGUAAGUCAGAACAGAUUUCUGGCAAUGAUACCCCUGAGCGACAGUUAUACUGUUCUAGUGAUUGCGAAGGAGAUGCUGGGAUUAAGCCUGCAGAAGAUAUUGGUGAGGAACCAGAUCGAAAGCGCAGGCUCAUUGAAAGCAUCAUGAAUAUUUCAACGCCAGUACUCAGAACAGUGAGGGAACCCAAAAUUGUUGUGCAGAGAGCAUGUGAUGUGGGGCAUGUAAGUGAUGGCUAUAGGUGGCGUAAGUAUGGACAGAAAAUUGUCAAGGGAAAUCCCAAUCCCAGGAGCUACUAUCGGUGCACACAUAAUGGAUGUCCUGUUCGUAAACAUGUUGAGAAAGCUUCAGAUGAUGCAAAAGCUAUGAUUAUAACUUAUGAGGGCAAACACAACCAUGACCGGCCGACCCCCCAAAAUACCAGUGAUUCACCAGCUGCUGAUCUUGUUACUGCCGCGACAGCGGAUACCAGUGAAUUAUUGAAUAAAUCUGAUUUGUUAUUAGAUCAGAAGCCCUCCAAAGAAAUGCGACCAGAUGUUGGUGGAGACUUUAGUGGUGAGAGGGCAAUAGAACUUGGAGGUGAGAACGCAUUGGAAUCUGCUCAAACUCUUCUAAGUAUUGGUUUCAACUCCACAUCGGGAGAGGCCACCAGAAAUAAUUCCGACGGUGUGAAACACCCACUUUUCAGUGAAAAUCCUGCAGCCGUACCAGUCCAGAACUCUUGAUGUAUGUUGUAGUUUAUUUGCUGUUAUUGUCAACUUCUAUUGUUGUAUUUGCUUCCGUAUAGUCUGGUAAUGGCGUCCGACAUUCCAUUGUAGUAUCAUCAGUUCAUAAAGAGUAGACUGAUUGCAGUUAUGAAGCACGGUUUCCAUGCCCUGUAGAGAUUUCCACGCCUGUA